UAUACACUGGAGGAGAAAACAUUUCCCUCGCGCCCCCUCCCUCUUCACCCCAAGAAGCUGAGCAGCCGCGUGGUGGGGGCCCUCGGACCGUCUGGAAAUGCUAAUCCUAAAGCGCUUUCUCGCCUGUCUCCAGCUCCUCUGUGUUUGCCGUCUGGAUUGGGCUUAUGGAUACUACAGACAACAAAGGAAACUUGUUGAAGAGAUUGGCUGGUCCUAUACAGGAGCCCUGAAUCAAAAAAACUGGGGAAAGAAAUAUCCAACAUGUAGUAGCCCCAAGCAGUCUCCUAUCAAUAUUGAUGAAGAUCUUACCCAAGUCAAUGUGAAUCUUAAGAAACUUAAAUUUCAGGGUUGGGAUAAAACAUCUCUGGAAAACACAUUCAUUCAUAACACUGGGAAGACAGUGGAAAUUAAUCUCACUAAUGACUACCGGCUCAGUGGAGGAGUUUCAGACAUGGUGUUCAAAGCAAGCAAGAUAACUUUUCACUGGGGAAAAUGCAAUAUGUCUUCUGAUGGAUCGGAACAUAGUUUAGAAGGACAAAAAUUUCCACUUGAGAUGCAAAUCUACUGCUUUGAUGCAGACCGAUUUUCAAGUUUUGAGGAAGCGGUAAAAGGAAAAGGGAAGUUAAGAGCUUUAUCCAUUUUAUUUGAGAUUGGAAUAGAAGAAAAUUUGGAUUACAAAGCAAUUAUUGAUGGAGUCGAGAGAGUUAGCCGUUUUGGGAAACAGGCUGCGUUAGAUCCCUUCAUACUGCUGAACCUUCUGCCAAACUCAACUGACAAGUAUUACGCGUACAACGGCUCACUGACAUCUCCUCCCUGCACAGACACUGUUGACUGGAUUAUUUUUAAAGACACAGUCAGCAUCUCUGAAAGCCAGUUGGCUGUUUUUUGUGAAGUUCUUACAAUGCAACAGUCUGGCUAUGUCAUGCUGAUGGACUACUUACAAAAUAAUUUUCGAGAACAACAAUACAAGUUCUCUAGGCAGGUGUUUUCCUCAUAUACUGGAAAGGAAGAGAUUCAUGAAGCAGUUUGUAGUUCAGAACCAGAAAAUAUUCAGGCUGACCCAGAAAAUUAUACCAGCCUUCUUGUUACGUGGGAGAGACCUCGAGUGGUUUAUGACACCAUGAUUGAGAAGUUUGCAGUUCUGUACCAGCAGUUAGAAGGAGAAGACCAAACCAAGCAUGAAUUUUUGACGGAUGGCUAUCAGGACUUGGGUGCUAUUCUCAAUAAUUUACUACCCAAUAUGAGUUAUGUGCUUCAGAUAGUAGCCAUAUGCACUAAUGGCUUAUAUGGAAAGUACAGUGACCAGCUUAUAGUCGACAUGCCUUCGGAUGACCCUGAACUUGACCUCUUCCCUGAAUUAAUUGGAACUGAAGAAAUAGUCAAGGAGGAAGAAGAGGGAAGAGACGUUGAAGAAGACACUAUUGUGAAUCUUGGAAGAGACGGUGCCACAAACCAAAUAAGGAGAAAGGAACCCCGAAUUCCUACGACAACAAACUACAAUCGUGUAGGGACUAAGUACAAUGAGGCCAAGACCAACCGGUCCCCAACACGAGGAGGCGACUUCUCUGGGAAGGGUGAUAUUCCCAACACAUCUUUAGAUUCCACUUCCCAACCAGUCACUGAAUUAGCCCCCCCAAAACAUUUUUCUUUGACUUCACAGACUGUAACUAAAAUGCCACCUCACACCCUGGAAGGCACUUCAGCCUCUUUAAGUGACAGCUCUAAAACUAUUCUCAGAUUUCGGCAGAUGAACUUGACCCGGACUGUAGAAUCUUCAAAUACAGUUUCUAUAACGGAGUCUCAAGAGGUAUCUACUGAUAUCAGCGAGGAAGAGAAUUUAUUGACAAGUUUCAAGCUCGAUACGGGAGCUGACGAUUCUUCAGGCUCCAGUCCAGCAACUUCUGCUAUGCCCCUCAUCUCUGAGAACACAUCCCGUGGGUUUGUGUUUUCUUCAGAAAACCCAGAGACAAUCACAUACGAUGUCCUUCUACCAGAAUCUGCAAGAAAUGCUUCAGAAGAUUCAGCCUCAUCAGGUUCGGAAGAAUCUCUAAAGGAUCCUUCCAUUGAUGGAAAUGUGUGGUUUGCUAGCACUCCCCAUGUGAUAGCACAGCCCGAUGCUGGAUCAGGUAGAGAGAGCUUCCUUCAGACUAAUUACUCCGAGAUGCAUAUUGAUGAAGCUGAGAAGACAGCUGAGUCCUCAUCUCCAGGCCCACUGGUAUCACAGGCUCCCCCAGUCACAGAUAUGGGGAUGCCACCUUAUUCUACCUUUGCCUACUUCCCGACUGAGGUAACACCUCAUGCUUUUACUCCAUCCUCCGGACAACAGGAUUCGGUCCCCACUGUCAACGUGGUAUACUCGCAGACAACUCAACCAGUAUACAAUGGUGAGACACCUCUUCAAACUUUCUACAGUAGUGAAGUCUUUCCUCUAGUCACCCCUUUGUUGCUUGACAAUCAGAUCCUCAACACUACCCCUGCUGCUUCAAGUAGUGAUUCGGCCUUGCAUGCUACGCCUGUAUUUCCCGGUGUCGAUGUGUCAUUUGAAUCCAUCUUGUCUUCCUAUGAUGGUGCACCUUUGCUUCCAUUUUCCUCUGCUUCCUUCAGUAGUGAAUUGUUUCACCAUCUGUAUACAGUUUCUCAAAUCCUUCCACAAGUUACUUCAGCUGUUGAGAGUGAUAAGCUGUCCCUGCAUGCUUCUCUGCCAGUGGCUGGGGGUGAUGUGCUGUUAGAGCCCAGCCUUGCUCAGUAUUCUGAUGUGAUGUCGCAUCAGACCACUACGCGUGCUGCUUCAGAGACACUGGGAUUUGGUGGUAGUGAAUCUGGUGUCCUUUAUAAAACGCUUAUGUUUUCUCAAGUUGAACCGCCCAGCAGUGAUGCCAUGAUGCAUGCACGUUCUUCAGGGCUUGAACCUUCCUAUGCCUUAUCUAAUAAUGAGGGCUCCCAACACUUCUUCACUGUUCCUUACAGUUCCGCAAUACCUGUGCAUGGUUCUGUUGGUGUAUCGCAUCAGCCUUCCUUAUUUAGCAGCCCUAGCCACAUUCCGGUGCCUAAGUCUUCGUUCAUAACCCCAACGGCGUCAUUGCUGCUGCCGCCUCAUGGCCUCUCUGGGGAUGGGGAGUGGUCUGGAGCCUCCUCUGAUAGUGAAUUUCCUUUACCUGACACAGAUGGUCUGACAGCCCUUAACAUGUCUUCACCUGUUUCUAUAGCUGAAUUUACAUAUGCAACAUCUGUGUUUGGUGAUGAUAAUAAACCGCUUUCUAAAAGUGACAUAAUCUAUGGAAAUGAGACUGAACUGCAGAUUUCCUCUUUCAGUGAGAUGGUUUACCAUUCUGAAAGCACAGUCAUGCCCGGCCUGUAUGAUGAUAUAAAUAAGUCGAGCACGUCUUUACAAGAAUCCCCCGUUUCCUUUUCUAGCACAAAGGGCAUACUUCCAGGGUCUCUUGCUCAGAUCGCCACUAAGGUUUUUGAUCAGGAGAUUAGUCAAGAGCCAGAGAAUAACUUUUCAGUUCAGCCCGUACAUUCUGUAUCUCAAGCAUUUGGUGACACUUCGCUUAAACCCAUGCUUAGUGCCAGCUCAGAGCCAGCCUCCUCUGACCCCGCUUCUAGUGAAAUGUUACCUCCUUCGACUCAGCUCUUAUUUUAUGAGCCCUCCGCUUCUUUUAAUACUGAAGUAUUGCUGCAACCUUCCUUUCAGGCUUCUGAUGUUGACACAUUGCUUAAAACUGCUCUUCCACCUGUGCCUAGUGAUCCACUAUUGGUUGAAACCCCCAAGGUUGAGCAAAUUAGUUCUACGGUAUUGCAUCUCAUGGCCUCAAAUUCUGCUUCAAGGGAAAACAUGCUGCACUCUCCAUCUGUACCAGUUGUUGAUGUAUCGCCUACUUCUAAUGUGCAUGCUGCUUCACCUCAAGGUUUAACCAUUUCUUACGCGAGUGACAAAUAUUCUGAACCAGUUUUGCUUAAAAGCGAAAGUGCCCAGCGAGUGGUGCCUUCAUUGUACAGUAAUGACGAGUUGUUCCAAACUACCAAUUUGGAGAUUAGCCACACCUUUCCCCCGAAAGGAAGGCAUGCAUUUGCUACUCCUGUUUUAUCGAUCGAUGUUCCAAAUACACUUACCGAUAAGCUUCUAUAUUCUGAUGAAGUUUACACCUCCACCAAGGGGUCUCUCACUGACGCGGUAUUUGCUGCUAUUCCAGCAGUUUCUGACACACUUGUAACUGCUGAUCAGUCUGUUCCUCUAGGAAAUGUGUAUGUUUCCGUUACAGCUGUUUCUCCCAACAAAGAUGGUUCAGUAGCCAAAACCAAGUUGCUGUUUCCUUCCAAAACAACUUCCACGCUCAUUCAAAGUGCCAGAUCUGAUGGUGAUUUAGUGGGUGGUGGUGAUGAUGGUGAUCUUGAUGAUUAUGAUGAUGAGUAUGAUGACAGAGAUCGAGAUGGCUUAUCCAUAAAUAAGUGUAUGGCAUGCUCCUCCUAUAGAGAAUCUGAGGAAAAGGUAAUGAAUGAUUCAGACACCCAAGACAGCAAUCUUGUGGAUCAGACUAAUCCAACCUCAUAUUCACUCUCUGAAAACUCUGAAGAAGAAAAUAAAGUCACAGGUGUAAUACCAGACAGUCAGACCGAUAUGGACGGAAGUCCUGGUAAAUCACCACCAACAAAUGAGCUACCCCCAAACCCCAGUGGCGGAAAACAGGAAAAUGACAUUCAGACUGGCAAUGCCCUGCUUCCUUUCACCCCAGAAUCUGAAGCAUGGGUACUUGUUGCAGGGGAUGAAGAGAGUGGAUCAGGGCAAGCUGUCUCAGAUAACCUUAAUGAUAACGAGACUUCCACAGAUUUCAGUUUUCCAGACGUUAAUGAAAGAGAUGUUGAUGGGGUCCUGGAAGCAGACGACUCAGAAAUACCUCCUGGACCCCCACAGUCCUCAACCCCGACUAUCACUAGCAGGCACUCAGAAGUGUUCAACAUCUCAGAGGCAGAGGCCAGUAAUAGUAGCCAUGAAUCUCGUAUUGGUCUAGCUGAGGGGUUGGAAUCCGAGAAGAAGGCAGUUAUACCCCUCGUGAUCGUGUCAGCCCUGACUUUUAUCUGUCUAGUGGUUCUUGUGGGUAUUCUCAUCUACUGGAGGAAAUGCUUUCAGACUGCACACUUUUAUUUAGAGGACAGCACAUCCCCUCGAGUAAUAUCCACACCUCCAACACCUAUCUUUCCAAUUUCAGAUGAUGUUGGAGCAAUUCCAAUAAAGCACUUUCCAAAGCAUGUUGCAGACUUACAUGCAAGUAGUGGGUUCACUGAAGAAUUUGAGACACUGAAAGAGUUUUACCAGGAGGUGCAGGGCUGUACUGCGGACUUAGGUAUCACAGCAGACAGCUCCAAUCACCCAGACAACAAGCACAAGAACCGAUACAUAAAUAUCGUUGCCUAUGAUCAUAGUAGGGUUAAGCUUGCACAACUUGCUGAGAAAGAUGGCAAACUGACUGAUUACAUCAAUGCCAAUUAUGUUGAUGGUUACAACAGACCAAAAGCUUAUAUUGCUGCCCAAGGCCCACUGAAAUCCACGGCUGAAGAUUUCUGGAGAAUGAUAUGGGAGCAUAAUGUGGAAGUUAUCGUCAUGAUAACAAACCUCGUGGAGAAAGGAAGGGGCUCCCAGAAAGGAAGACCCAGCGGGCGUGUGGUGACACAGUACCACUACACGCAGUGGCCUGACAUGGGUGUGCCAGAGUACUCGCUGCCAGUGCUGACCUUCGUGAGGAAGGCGUCCCACGCCAAGCGCCAUGCGGUGGGGCCCGUUGUCGUCCACUGCAGCGCUGGCGUCGGAAGAACAGGCACGUACAUUGUGCUGGACAGUAUGUUGCAGCAAAUUCAACAGGAAGGAACUGUCAACGUAUUUGGCUUCUUAAAACACAUUCGUUCACAAAGAAAUUAUUUGGUGCAAACUGAGGAACAGUAUGUUUUUAUUCAUGACGCUCUGGUGGAGGCCAUACUUAGUAAAGAGACCGAGGUGCCAGACAGCCACAUUCAUGCCUAUGUCAAUGCGCUCCUCAUUCCUGGACCAACAGGCAAAACGAAGCUAGAGAAGCAAUUCAAGCUCCUAAGUCAAUCAAAUAUACAACAGAGUGACUAUUCUACAGCCCUAAAGCACUGCAACAGGGAAAAGAACAGAACUUCUUCCAUCAUCCCUGUGGAGAGAUCAAGGGUUGGCAUUUCAUCUCUGAGUGGGGAAGGCACAGACUACAUCAAUGCCUCCUACAUCAUGGGUUACUAUCAGAGCAACGAAUUCAUCAUCACCCAGCAUCCUCUCCUUCAUACCAUCAAGGAUUUCUGGAGGAUGAUAUGGGACCAUAAUGCCCAGCUGGUAGUUAUGCUUCCUGACGGUCAAAAUAUGGCAGAAGAUGAAUUUGUUUACUGGCCAAAUAAAGAUGAACCUAUAAACUGUGAGAGUUUCAAGGUCACUCUUAUGGCUGAAGAACACAAAUGUUUGUCUAACGAAGAAAAACUUGUAAUUCAAGAUUUUAUCUUAGAAGCUACACAGGAUGAUUAUGUACUUGAAGUGAGACAUUUUCAGUGCCCCAAAUGGCCAAAUCCAGAUAGCCCUAUUAGUAAAACUUUUGAACUUAUAAGUGUUAUCAAAGAGGAAGCUGCCAACAGGGAUGGGCCUGUGAUUGUUCAUGACGAGCAUGGAGGAGUGACGGCAGGAACUUUCUGUGCUCUGACAACCCUUAUGCACCAACUAGAAAAAGAAAAUUCCAUGGAUGUUUACCAGGUAGCCAAGAUGAUCAAUUUGAUGAGGCCAGGAGUCUUUGCUGACAUUGAGCAGUAUCAGUUUCUCUACAAAGCGGUCCUCAGUCUUGUGAGCACGAGGCAGGAGGAGAAUCCAUCCACCUCUCUGGACAGUAAUGGCGCAGCGUUGCCCGACGGAAAUACAGCCGAGAGCUUGGAGUCUUUAGUGUAGCACCGCAAGGGCCGAGGGGAAUCCGCACUGAGCGCUGUUUGCCUCUUUCUAAAGCUGGAUGGGAAAAAUCACUGCAGUUCUUCUCUUAUCUGUUUACUUUCCAUCACCUGACAGUAAUUUUCAUGACAUAGGAUUCUGCUGCCAAAUUUACAUCAUUAACAACGUGUGCCUUUUUGCAAAACUUCUUGUAAUUCACUUAUUGUGUUUAAACUAAAACGAUUGAAUUUUACAGUAUUUCUAAGAAUGGAAUUGUGGGGUUUUUUUUCAUAUUGAUUUUAACAGAAAAUUUAAAUUUAUAGAUAUUAGGAAUUCCCAACUACAGAAAACAUGUUUGUUUUUAGUGUCAAAUUUUUAGCCGUAUUUGUAGCAAUCAUCAAGUUUGCUAGAAAUAUAACUUUUAAUAUAGUAGAUUGUAAAUAAAACACUCCGUUCCCUAUGAUAUUCAAUGUUUUACAACUGCUGUGUUCACCUAAAGUAGAAAUAAUCUGAUACUUACUGUAAAUACUGCUCUAGUGUCUCCAUGGACCAAAUUUAUAUUUAUAAUUGUAGAUUUUUAUAUUUUACUACUGAGUCAGUUUUCUAGUUCCGUGUAAUGGUUUAGUUUAAUGAUGUAAUUCAUUGUCUGGUCUUACCCUGCAAGUCUUCUGAAUUUCUUCCAUGUUAUCUAAGUAAUUAACUCUGAUUUAGCAUGUAACGUUAACUUUUAUGGAAAAUAGAAGUGCAUUUGUUUUGAGAGAAGAUGUUUUUAUGAGAAUAACACCUUACCCAACAUUGUUGCAAUGGUUUUUAUCCAAGGCACUGCAAAAAUAAAUAAAUAUUGCUAUCAA